AUGGCUGCCCGUCGGGACUCAGUGACUGUGAAAGAGGAAUGUGCUGCGGCGGCGGCGGCGGCGGCGGCGGAAGGCCAAGGGGGCCCGCCCCUCAAAGAAGGCGGCGACAACAGCGUGUUCGACGGCGGCGGCGGAGGCGGCGACGCGGGAGACGGGGACGGCGCAGACGCGGCGGCGGCGGCGGCGGCGGCGGCCGCUGCUGCAGCGGUGGAGGGCAAAGCCGGGCUCCUGAGCUCCACGGCCGCCGACCAUCCGGACGACCAGGACGACGAUGAACAGCCCAUGAUCUGCAUGAUCUGCGAGGACAAAGCGACGGGCCUGCACUACGGGAUCAUCACGUGCGAAGGGUGCAAAGGUUUCUUCAAGCGCACUGUUCAGAAUCGGCGUGUAUAUACUUGUGUGGCUGAUGGCAACUGUGAAAUCACUAAAGCGCAACGUAACCGCUGUCAGUACUGCAGAUUCAAGAAAUGUAUUGAGCAGGGUAUGGUGCUUCAAGCUGUUCGAGAGGACCGGAUGCCUGGCGGCCGCAAUUCUGGAGCAGUAUAUAACUUGUAUAAGGUGAAGUACAAAAAACACAAGAAAUCUCCUAAGAAUGGGCAGUCAAAAGGACAAAAGGGCGUGAUAAAUACAGGACAUGGAAUACCAUCACAUUUAGUGAAUGGCACUAUUUUGAAGACUGCCUUGACAAAUCCUAGUGAGGUUGUGCACCUGAGGCAGAGAUUGGACAGCGCAGUCAGCUCUUCCAGAGAUAGAACCUUACCUAUAGAAGCAGCAUUACCUAUGAUUCAAACCCUCAUUGAUUGUGAUGAAUUUCAAGAUAUAGCUACUUUGAGAAAUUUGGAUGAACUUUUGGACCACAAGUCGGAUUUAUCAGAGAAACUCUGCCAGAUUGGUGACUCAAUUGUGUACAAAUUGGUACAAUGGACAAAGAGACUACCUUUCUAUUUAGAACUCCCUGUUGAGGUACACACUAGACUUCUUACUCACAAAUGGCAUGAAUUGCUGGUUUUGACAACAUCUGCUUAUCAGGCUAUUUAUGGGCCACAUAAAAUGGGAAAUCCAGCAAAUGAUGGCACUGAAGCAGAUUUCAUGCAAGAAGUAUCAUAUAACCUUUGCAUGCUUCAGUCUUGUCUCACAUCAAUGAUGGGAAGAUCAAUCACAAUGGAUCAACUUCGACAAGAUGUGGGGUUAAUGGUGGAAAAAAUUACCCAUGUUACUCUAAUGUUUCGCAGAGUAAGACUCCGCAUGGAAGAGUACGUGUGCCUUAAGGUCAUUACAAUGCUCAACCAAGCUCGAGGAGGUUCAAGCGAGUUGGAAAUCAUUCAAGAUCGGUAUAUGACAUGUCUGCGAACAUUUGUAGAACACAACUUUCCACAACAGCCCUCGCGUUUUCAUGAACUACUAGUCCGGCUGCCUGAGGUUCAAUCAGCAGCUGCUUUGCUUCUCGAAAGCAAAAUGUUCUAUGUUCCGUUCCUGUUAAACUCAGCAAUCCAGAGAUAGUACUGCAUAGUGUUAGGUAGUGGCAGCUACCGAGGGACAAAACAAUGUGACAAUCGAGAGUGGCAGAACGGAAUAGGCCACAUGCUGAUUAUGGCUCUGUGAUCAAAGGAACAAAAUGAUAGAUGUUGCCUGACGUGAUACUCCUUGACCAUUUAUUUGCCAAGUCAGAUAAAUUGGAAUGGAGCUUCAAGGAUAGUCAUAUGUCUGUUUGAUGUCUGUAUAGCCUGAUAUAGUUUUAUAAUGUCUGGAAGGUCAAGUACAAGAUUUCUGUUGCACUGGAAGAAAUUAAUGGUUAUAAGCAGUGCUUUAGUUACCAUUUUAUGUGAGAAUUUGAUAUAAAAGGCUGGAUCCUGAGAACAUAUGUUAUCUUGAAAAUAUGUUGAAAUUUGGAAGUUUACGGCAGAGUAUCCCUAUGGCGUGUCCUGUUCUUCUCUAAAAGGUUUAUUGAAGCUUUGUUAAAAAUGGCUUACUGUUUUACAUACACUGUUACCACCAUAAAUAUUAAAUGAAAUGGUUAGUAAUAAAAGAAAUGGAGCAUAUUGUAUGUGCAGACAUAAUAAAUUAUGUCAACAAGUUGCAUUCAACAUGAAAAGUGUUUGUUGCAAGUUGUGUUUGUGUUUGAAAGAUACAAAAAUUUAACACCAUUGUUUUGAAAGGUGAUUCACAGAGAACUGUGAUUUUAUAGUUGAAGAAUGAGGAUAUAAAUCACAAGACAGUAUGUGGUAAUGAAAUGUUUGUUUUUCUGCUAUGAUACUAUUUGUUUACAAUAUUAUAAUACAAAAUAAAGUGUUACCAUGUUGCCAGGAAUUGCAGCUAAUGUUAUUACCAAAGUAUUCUACUGCCUUAAAUUGAAGUUACCAGAGAAAAUGAUAAGUUGUCUGAAGAUUAAUAAUCUAUGAUUGUGAUAUUUCCCUCAUAUAAGAUGGGAUACAGCUUUACUAUAAUUUAACAGGCAGCAUCACUGUGAUGCGAAGGGGCAAGAUCUACUCUCUGUUGACAUCUAACAGGCUGCAUUGUCAUAUGGACAAAACACCAUUAUUAUUCUUAAUUGUAAGAUCAGUGAAAUUUAGUCUUACUUUGUGAGAUUAAAUAAAAAUAUUCCAGUCUGAAAACUUUUAAGUUACCAGUGUAAAGCAGGUUUAAUAUUAAAAUAAGUGUUCCUUUAAGACACUUGAUGCUGAAUAACAUAGUAAAACUGUGUGAUCAGUAAGCUAGUGUUUUGUUUCAAACUUGUGUUAUUUCUGUAGGUUCCCUGACGAUGGGAAUGUACUGUCAGGUUGAUUUGCAAGAAAGGGAUGAACCCUUUGGACAUUUAAGAAAAAAACAAUAGAUUUUUCUUUGCCUUUUUAAAUUUUAUGUGCAUAUUGUAAGUAUUUUUGUGGUGAAACCACUCAUGAGAAAAUGAAUCAAGUGUUUAGUAAUAAAUAGAUUAUAUUUACAUUAUCCUAGCAUUUUACUAUUUGUAUAUUCUAUGGAAUCUUAAAUUC